AUGGAGGGUGUUGAGGUCCAACCACAUAUUAAGCUACGCAAGGAGGAUGAGGGAGGAAGGCAAAAAGGGGAAAAGCUGUUCUUCUUUCUCAUUUUUGUCGUUAAAUUGAUGGAAAGCAGAGGUCAGGUUCAUCCUGUAGUGCUUACUAUGGGUGAUCCAGCAAGAGUAGACGAAGUAAAGGAAUUAUGUGAUAGUUAUGAAGAUUUAGUAUUUAAUAGGGAGUAUAAAUCAGCAAAUGUAGUAAAGAAUGGAUAUAAAUUUACAGUAAUAAGUCAUGGUAUAGGUUGCUGUGGUGCUAUGAUAUGCUUCGAGGAAUUAAUUAAAUUAGGAGCUAAAAUUAUUAUUAGAGCAGGAACUUGUGGUAGUAUGAAGCCUAAUAUAAUAAAACAAGGAGAAAUAGUAAUACCUUAUGCAGCAGCAAGAGAUAAUGAUGUAUGUGAUUUAUAUAUACCUGUACGAAGAGGAAUAGAAACAGGAGGUAUUGCUACUGUUGAUGGAUCUCCUCUUCAAUGGGAUAAGGCAAAUUAUGAUCCAACAGGAAAAGUUGUUGCUGAGGGUAAGAAGAAGAUGUUAGAGGUUGCAAUUCAUACAUGUGCCGAGCUUACAAAGGAAUUUAAGCAAUAA